AUGCAAUUAGUUUUACUCAUCGGAGUUGUGAUCGAGAAAUCGACUCGGCAUUGCCCGUCACCAGUCGACAAACGAACGACUCCACAACUCCAAUGCUGGGCUCACAGGGUCAAUGUCAUCGUCGGUCACGCCAUCAAGAAAUCGACUGACGUUUUAGGGUUAAUCCACCGGUAUUGUGCCCAGGGCCUCAAGAAAUCGAUUCCACCACUUGAUUUAGGAUGGAAAAGCAUUGGCGUCAUCAUCAAUUUCAUGCCCACCGGAAAGCUGGAGGGACAGAGAGAUGGCAUUUGUGAUUCUCUAUUUGUGUUUGUGGCUAACCAUACAUCAAUGAUUGAUUUCAUUGUUUUAGAGAAAAUGACUGCUUCUUCUGUUAUGGAAAAAACAUCUCAGAUGGAUUGGUUAAGGUAG